AUAAAUUAAGCAGAAUAUUUGGCAAAAAUGAUGCUCUUAAAUCAGCUUUAAAUGAAAAUCAAUGCUAUAUUGAAAUGAUUGCUUUUAUUAGGGCGUUAAGUGUAUUAACUGUCGCGAGUGACGGUGAUGAUGAAUGUGGAUGG